AUGCGACCUGUGCAACAGAAAAAGAGAAAUUUCACGGAUUUAAACAAGGCGUGUCCAAAGGAUCCAUACCCACUUCCUCGAAUUGACGCAUUGGUGGACUCCACAGCAGGAUAUGAGUUAUUCUCCAUGAUGGACGCUUAUCAGGGCUACCAUCAGAUUUUCAUGGCAGAAGAGGAUCAGAGUAAGACUUCAUUUGUGACUGAAAGGGGAAUAUAUUGCUAUAAGGUGAUGCCCUUUGGGCUGAAGAAUGCGGGGGCUACAUACCAGCGGCUAGUGAAUAAGAUGUUUGAAGAUCAGAUUGGGAGAACCAUGGAGGUUUAUGUUGACGAUAUGCUGGUGAAGAGCUCAAGGUCGCAAGAUCAUAUAGUUUACCUUGAACAAACUUUUGCGACGCUCAGGGAAUUCAGAAUGAAGUUGAAUCCGAUGAAAUGCACCUUUGGAGUGACAGGGGAAAAAUUUCUGGGGUACCUAGUCAGCGAACGUGGAAUUGAGAUGAACCCUGAGAAGAUAGAGGCAAUACUGAAGCUAAAGUCGCCAACCACCGUUAAAGAAGUCCAGAAACUUACUGUUAGUUCAGCCUUGGUCAGAGAAGAAGAUGGGGUGCAGAGUCCGACAUACUAUGUGAGCAAGAUGUUGCAAGGAGCGGAGAAAAGGUAUGCACAGAUUGAGAGGUUAGCACUUGCGCUUAUUGUAACAGCCCGUAAACUGCGACCUUACUUCCAAGGUCAUCGCAUAGUCGUCCUAACCAAUCAUCCACUCCGUAAUGUAUUGGCGCGACCAGAGGCCUCGGGUAGGCUUGUGAAGUGGGCAGUAGAACUGGGAGAAUUUGAUAUUGAAUACCAAGCUCGUAUGGCAUUGAAAGGACAAGUGUUGGCAGAUUUCAUGGUCGAGCUCGUCGGCGAGCCUGAGACCGAGCCCGAGCUGGAUAAAUGGAUGUUGCAUGUGGACGGAUCCUCUAAUGCAGGAAAUGGAGGAAUUGGGAUAUUGAUACAGGGUUCGAAAAACAUGGAGAUCGAGAUCGCAACACGACUAUCUUUUCCGGUCACUAAUAAUGAAGCUGAAUAUGAAGCUCUUAUCAUGGGUUUGGAGCUGUCGCUAGAAGCGGGUGCGAAAGAUUUGGAAGUGUUCACAGAUUCGCAACUUGUUGCUUUACAGAUAGAGGGCACUUACGAGACCAAAGAAGAGAGCAUGAUAUUAUACCACACCAAAGCGAAAUCCAUAAUGUCCAAAUUUAACAAGUGCCAGUUUGGGGCUACUCUGUCAGGAAUUAGAGAUCGCAAGAUUACUGUGAUGAUCAAAGAAACAUCCGCGAUCACUGAGAGUGUUGAGGUUAAUGCAGUAAAUGAAAAGCCGUCAUGGAAGGAUGAGAUCGUCCGAUAUUUGAAAGAAGGAAGUUUACCUGAUGACCCCAUUGGUGCGCGAAGACUGAAGGCAAGAGCAACUCGUUUUACGUUGGUUGACGAACAAUUAUACAAAAGAACCAUAGAGGGACCUUUAUUGAAAUGUCUUGAUCCGGAGAAAUCUGAAUACGUUAUGAGGGAAAUUCAUGAAGGGAGUUGUGGAAAUCACUCUAGGGGAAGAUCGUUAGCACAAAAAGUUAUCAGACAAGGAUAUCUUUGGCCAACCCUAGUGAAAGACACGAAAGAGUUAGUCUAG